AUGGACGGACAACAACGACAGUACAUUCCUGGGUCUUCUACUCUACCUCCGCCUCCCCCGCGACACCCUCUCCAACAUCCGCAGCUUCAGCAGCCAGGAGUGCCGCCGCCUCCACCAGGCCCUCCCCCAGGAACGUCGUAUGGGGUCUCUUCAGGGUGGCAGCAAAACUAUGCCCGACCGGCUUUGACGCCAGGCUUUCUUCCGCCGCCCCCUCCGCCGCCGCCGCCACCACCACCGCAACAGCAGCAGCAGCAGCUCGUUGGGUAUCGUUUACCUGCGCCCCUGUCCAUUGAUAACCAUCCCCUUACCUCUGCCACAUAUAUUCCUGGGCAUGACACGCUUGGAGUCGGCAUUCCGCCACUAUUCGAGCCCGGCCGGACGGGGAUGUAUGAGCCGUAUCCGCAGCAGAGACCUGCGGCUAAUCAAACGUAUGACUACUCUACCACCAGUGGGACAUAUAAUCCAGGAAACUACAAUCCCCAAACACCAGGAGGUGUCAAUGCUCCAUCCUAUCUCCAUGGAAAUGUGCAUGAGUUAUUGUCCAAUGAAAACCAGCCGCAGCAGAACUCGAGCCCUGGCGUAGACCUCACCAAGUCACCCAGUCAUCGUCAUAAUGUUAGCGGCGCUUCGUUGGGUGGACUCUCGCCUAGUGAGGCAGCAGUUCAGUGGCCUCUAGACCGAGUCCUCAUCUGGCUGGCCAAAAAUGGGUUCUCUAACGACUGGCAAGAGACCUUCAAAUCUCUGGAGCUUCAGGGCGCUGAUUUCCUGGAACUUGGCUUUGCUUUGGGCGGGCGGGGGAAUCUUGGAAAGAUCCACAAAGUGGUGUAUCCUCAACUGGCGAAGGAGUGUGCCAGGAGUGGAACGGGAUGGGAUUCAGCGCGGGAACGAGAAGAAGGGCUGCGCCUGCGCAAACUGAUCCUUUCUGUCGACACAGGGACCGGAUUCCCUUCAACCCACAUCACCGAGCCUCGUUCGGCGGGUCCUACCCCUGGAGUCAACGACAUCAGCCCCGGCCAGUUGGCGGAAUUACAGAGCUCGUCGGGCCAGGCCCAAAAACAAAGACCACAGAUGCGCUCUGUUACCCAGCCUCCUCCCACGAACCACGAAUCGCCCAAGUACGAUUCUCCUGUGCGCGAACAUCCCCCUAUGCCAAGAUCGGAGUACUCCCGAAGCACCCUGGCGCAGAUCAACGACCACAAGCGACAAAGUCCGUCGACUUCGAGCGAACACGGUACAUUUCCAGGCCCGGUUCGCCGUGCUCAAGAUAGCCCAAAGAGUGGUAGCCCGGCUGCGCAGUAUGCGUCGCCGUCAUACCCAGGCUUGACAUCAAAUUCGACCGGUGAUCUUACGUUGGGACGGUACGAUCACUCCCGGGGAAAUAGUACGGACUCAAUACCUGGGUAUGGCCGAGGCUCUGCCACUACUGGUCGGUACUAUGAUAGUCGCAGGCAAGGCCAGGAGGGCGCACGGCCUUCCCCACAACAAGAAACGAAUGGUCGACCAUGGAGUGGUGAAACUCCUACUUCAUAUAAGGAACAUAACAAGGGUUUCCUCAAUAUGUUCAAGAGGAAACCCAGAACAAACGACUCGAGCUAUCCUUCACCAGAGGAGCAGCACUCGCCGCAGAGUCCAGAGCACCGACCUAACGGCUCUAAUGGCCCGUAUACGCCUUAUUCAAAGCCGGGAUUUAAUAUCAGCGAUAUGUCACUUGGAGAGCGUCCUUCUUCGUCAGCGACCAAGACGAAGAAAUGGGUAUUUGCGACCACAGACGGUGUCAAUUUCCGCCUUAUUGAUGUAACUGACAUGGAAACUGUCGACGCCCUGCGUGCAGGAAUUUGCAAGGACCUUGGCCUCGCUGAUUGGUCUCGCGCCCAAUUUUUCCUGACAGAACCUGGACAGCUUCAUCAUGACGACCCGAUGAGUGAUACUAUGCUUGUAGUAUCUCGCCGGAGCAAGUCCGAUGCGUAUGGCUCCCUGAAAUUGUUUGUUCAGGCAACUCCUGCUCAUCCGGCGACAUCCUACGGUCUUGGAGUCUUAAUGCCCACUGAAAAGCUCACUUCGUCUCCUACAGCGACGUCGCAUCCUCCUAUACACCGCAAACCUUUGGAGCCCGAAGCCUUGGAUCGCAUAUCUCCUCAGGCUACGCAUAAACCCGGCUCGCCCCUGCUGAGCUCCGCGCAAUCAACGCUCAAACCUUCUGUUACAAAAACGUUACCGGAUGGCUCCCGAGACUCCGCGACGCUGUUGGAUACCGAUCAAGCUGAUCUUCUUGCACGUCAUGAAGCUCACCUCCGUGAUGUCGAGCGGAAACAAAAGGAGAAUAGGGUCUCCCGCGUUCCUCCGCCAUCGCAGCAGCAAUCUUUCAAAGGCACCUACGGUGAAACUGGUUACCGACGGGAUGGAAUCAUCGACUUCAAUUCCCCACGUGAAUCGCCAUAUGAAGAGAAGAAACAACAGCAGUCGCAGCAGCCGCAACAAGAAGGGCUUGUGCCUAGGCGCAACCCACCAGUCGCGCCCGUUGUGUCUAACACGCUCACCAAGGUCAAUUCGCUCAGGAAAAGUCCUGGUGAACGGGAUCGUCCUGUGCGGGCUCAGCCCGGCUUGGGAGCUGCUCUCGCCAAUAUGGGCCGGAUGACGAGUUCCAUUGGCACGCCAUCUCCCUCAGUGCCUGUUCCUUCAACCCCCUCGUCUGUCCAUCAGGACAGUGUUGGCUCGGAUUCAGACCGGCCGCCCACUGUUGACUCUGCGGCGCCGGCCUCGAGUAAAACGACCUGGGAAUCUUCGAAAACAGGAUCGAAAUUUUCCGCCGAACAAGAGAGCGGGAAAUCACCGCGGUCUUCCGGUGGCCAAUCCGCUUCUCCUCAAAGCGCGUCGAAAUUCUCCUUGCAAUCCAGGAAGUCAUUUGGCCCUGAGUUCGAAUUUGAAGAAAAUGAAGUUUCUUUUGCAAGGACACCUCAAAUGAAAGAAGAGUCUGACGAUGAUUCAGACGAUGGUCUGUUCGCCAUUCGACCCUCGCGAACUGAGACCGAGAAGCCAGCACCCGAGUAUGAGCAAAAGAGACCUAGUCUCACGGUUGAUACAGCCAAUAACAAGCGCCGUACCGUCAGCUUCAAGUCUCCCAGCUCUGCUUCUAACGAGGCCAUGUUUUUACCGUCGGCGCACAGCUCAGGAGGAGAAAUCUCCGAUAACCCCGAUCAAUUCUCGGGAGGUUCACACGAGGCAGUAUCCCCUGAAGAUGAGAGAUUCCAGCGAAGAGACUCUUUUGCCAGAGAUCUCUGGGCCAGCAGACCGCCGGUGGAAGGCGUUAUUGACAACCUGGAUAGCUUCUUCCCUGGUGUUGACCUUGACGCGCCGUACCUGGAAGAGCCCCCGUCUCCUAACAACAAGCCCAGUGGGGAAAAUGAAGCAACUCUCCGGGCUGGCAAAUCAUCGACCCCGCAGGUCCCACCAAUUCCACAGGCGGCUCCUGAUCCUGCGAAAUCAUAUGGUGAUUCAUCAACCGUACGGCCACCCCCGGCCGCUGUUGCUGCGCGCAACGUAAAUCGCAGUGGCGGUGGCCUCUCGCGAACCAAGUCUAUUCGUGAAGUUGCUAAGGGCGCAGCUCACCGGACCAAGAGUAUCGGACCCUCUGCUGGUCCCCAGAAGUCCGGAGAUCUGUUGCGACGGAAGAGUACCAAGAUGUUCGGCGCCCGGAUCAUGCAAAUCAGCCCCAAGCCUGGUACCCGUAUCAGUCAACUUGAUCCUAUCCCACAGCACACCAACCAGCCUGCUGGACCAGUCGAAACUGUCCCGCAACGUCAACAAACAUUCCGCAUCAUUCGUGGUCAGCUUAUCGGCAAGGGUACAUAUGGUCGUGUGUAUCUUGGCAUUAACGCGGAUAAUGGUGAGGUCUUGGCAGUGAAGCAAGUCGAAAUCAAUGCGAGAAUUGCCGGAUCAGACCGGGACCGAAUCAAGGAGAUGGUGGCUGCCCUCGACCAGGAAAUCGACACCAUGCAGCAUCUGGAGCAUCCUAAUAUUGUCCAGUACCUUGGUUGCGAACGAGGCGAUCUCUCAAUUUCCAUUUACCUGGAGUAUAUUUCCGGUGGCUCGAUUGGCAGUUGUCUUCGAAAGCACGGCAAGUUCGAAGAAAGCGUUGUGAAAUCUCUCACGCGCCAGACUCUCGGCGGCCUGGCCUAUCUUCACGAUAUGGGUAUCCUCCACCGUGACCUGAAAGCAGACAAUAUCCUUCUAGAUGUAGAUGGAACCUGCAAAAUCUCCGACUUUGGUAUCUCGAAGAAGACGGAUGAUAUUUACGGGAACGACUCCAGCAACUCCAUGCAAGGCUCAGUCUUCUGGAUGGCCCCUGAGGUUAUCCAAUCCCAGGGCCAGGGUUACAGUGCCAAGGUCGAUAUCUGGUCUCUUGGCUGCGUGGUUCUGGAGAUGUUUGCUGGCCGCCGACCUUGGAGCAAGGAAGAGGCCAUUGGCGCUAUCUUCAAGCUGGGCAGCCUCGGCCAAGCCCCUCCUAUUCCAGAGGAUGUUUCUGUGAGCAUCAGUCCGGCUGCGCUCGCGUUCAUGUGGGACUGUUUCACAGUUAACUCUUCCGAGCGUCCCACCGCUGGAACCCUACUCACGCGCCAUCCAUUCUGCGAAUCAGACCCGAACUACAAUUUCCUCGAGACAGAUCUGUACGCCAAGAUUCGGCAUGUCUACUAA